AUGCGAGUAAGUGCUGGUGGUGGUACCAUUGCGGCCCCAUUGUUGCUACCUCAGCAGUUUGUUGAACCAUUACCAAACGCGCCGGUAGAAAUUAGUGAGCUACAUUAUGGUCUUCUCUCUCGUGGUGAUAUUCACCGUCUCUCUGUUCUUCCAUGUCGCCGUGUUAUUGGAGCAGUAAAGGAGUACGGUGUGAAUGAUGCUCAUCUCGGCGUAUGUGAUCGUGUUUCAGUGUGUGCCACCUGUGGACUGCGUAGUAUUGACUGCGUUGGUCAUCCAGGACACAUUGAUCUUGAGGUACCAGUCUUUCAUCUUGGUUUCUUUACUACUAUUCUUCGUAUUUGUCGAACUAUCUGUAAACGUUGCUCUCAUGUUUUGUUAGAUGAUUCGGAAAUUGAAUACUAUAAGCGAAGACUUUCAUCUACAAAACUUGAACCACUGCAACGUGCGGCGCUAAUUAAAACUAUACAGACGGAUGCUUAUAAAACGCGUGUAUGUCUAAAGUGUGGUGGAUUAAAUGGAGUGGUACGACGAGUACGUCCUUUAAGACUUGUUCAUGAAAAAUACCGUGUUGAUCUUCGCCGUGGUGAAGAGUCUGUUGAGAAUACAGAAGUUUUUUUUGAACAUGAUAUGCGUACAGCACGUACUUAUAAUAAGGUAAUAGAUGAAAACAAAGAAAAUAUUCACGAUUUCUUAGAUCCUGUACGGGUAAGACAAUUAUUCCUUGCGGUUCCACCAGAAGAAGUUAUACUUCUCGGUUUAUCUCCAGGCACAAGUCCUGUAGAUUUACUCGUAACAACACUUUUGGUACCUCCUGUUCCUGUACGUCCGCGUGGUACAGCUGGGACUGGAACAAUUCGUGAUGAUGAUUUAACAGGACAAUAUAAUGAUAUUCUCGUUAGUUCUGAUACAUUACAGGAUGGUUCACUAGAUGCCACUAAAUACACAGAAACUUGGGAAAUGCUUCAAAUGCGUUCUGCACGAUUGCUUGAUUCUGCAUUACCUGGUUUUCCUCCAAGUAUGCGUACAGCUGAUGUAAAAUCAUACGCACAACGUUUAAAAGGUAAACAUGGAAGAUUUCGAGGAAAUCUUAGUGGAAAACGUGUAGAUUUUUCUGGUCGUUCUGUUAUUUCACCAGAUCCAAAUUUGGAUGUGGAUGAAUUAGCAGUUCCUUUACGUGUUGCUCGUGUUUUGACGUAUCCUCAGCGUGUUUUUAAGUCAAAUUUAGAACUUAUGCGACGAUUAGUACGCAAUGGACCUCGUGUUCAUCCAGGUGCCAUUACAGUUUUUUUGGCACAGGAGGGAUCGAAAAAAUCGCUUAACAAUGAACGUGAUAGGGAAGCACUUGCGGCUCGAUUAAGUGUUGGAGAUGUGGUAGAGCGACAUGUUAUGAAUGGUGAUGUAGUUUUAUUUAAUCGUCAACCUUCACUUCAUCGUAUCUCUAUGAUGGCACAUCGUGCACGUGUGUUACCAUUUCGUACUUUUCGAUUUAAUGAAUGUUGUUGUGCCCCAUAUAAUGCCGAUUUUGAUGGUGAUGAAAUGAAUGUUCAUCUUGUACAAACUGAAGAAGCACGUGCAGAAGCGUUUCAGCUUAUGUCAACAGCGAAGAAUAUUAUUACAGCUAAAAAUGGUGAACCUAUUAUUGCGUGUACACAAGAUUUUCUUGCUGCAGCUUAUCUCGUAACUGCACGUGAUAUAUUUUUUGACCGUUCACAAAUGUCCCAGAUGGUAGCCCAUUGGCUUGGUCCAGUGACUCAAUUUCGUUUACCAAUACCAGCUAUACUAAAACCAGUAGAGUUGUGGACGGGUAAACAACUCUUUGAACUUAUUGUUCGUCCCUCACCUGGUGUGGAUGUAUUGUUGAAUCUUGAAGCCAGCGCAAAGUUCUACAGUAAACGUGGGAAGUAUGAUUGUCCAGCGGAGGGCUAUGUAGCUUUUCUGGAUUCAUGUUUUAUCUCUGGUCGAUUGGACAAAAAAUUGCUUGGUGGUGGAGCCAAGGAUGGACUUUUUGCUCGUCUACACACUCUUGCAGGAGGUGCCUACACCGCACGUAUUAUGUCUCGCAUUGCUCAAUUCACCUCCCGCUAUUUAUCUAAUUACGGUUUUAGUCUUGGACUUGGGGAUGUCGCCCCAACACCGCAACUAAACGCACAGAAGGCAGCAGUACUCACACGCUCCUUCGCCACAUGUGAUGCACUCAUCGUGGCUGCAAAGACGGGCCGUAUGGAACCACUUCCUGGUCUCACAGUACGACAAUCACUUGAGGCACGCCUUAACGCAGAAUUAUCAAAAGUACGUGAUGAGUGCGGUACAGCUGCUGUAGAGACACUUUCUAUUGAGACAAACACACCACUUAUGAUGGUACAAUCUGGAAGUAAAGGUAGUGCCCUAAAUAUUGCGCAAAUGAUGGCAUGUGUUGGACAACAAACUGUAAGUGGAAAACGUAUUUUAAACGCUUUUCAAGAUCGUUCAUUACCACAUUUUUACCGAUUUGAAGAAGCUCCAAGUGCACGUGGUUUUGUUGCGAAUUCUUUUUACUCUGGUUUAACACCUACCGAAUUUUUCUUCCAUACAAUGGCUGGUCGUGAAGGUCUUGUAGAUACGGCUGUUAAGACAGCUGAGACAGGGUAUAUUUACCGUCGUCUUAUGAAAGCUAUGGAAAACCUCAGUGUACGUUAUGAUGGUACAGUGCGAAACACAAGAGGAGAUGUGGUACAAUUGAAGUUUGGAGAAGAUGGACUCGAUCCACAACUCAUGGAAGGUGUUGCAGGAACGGCAUUGAAUUUGGAUCAGGAAUGGUUAAGUGCACGUGCAGCGUAUGCAAGGUGGGUUGUGGAAUACCAUAGUUUUUCUAAAACCAAUACCAAUAAUAUCAAUAAUACUAAAAAAAUUGUGGAUAAUAAGGAAAGUACGAAGAAUACGAGAAGAAAGAAAAAAAAUACUGACCUUAAUACUCCAUCUAAUCUUGAUGACGAAUUUAUUUCCUUACUUCCUACUGAAGUGCCUUCCUUUGUUGCGGCUUGUUUGAGUGGGGACCGGUCAGUAUUGGAAUCCUGUGAACGGCAAGAAUAUGAAGAAGAAUGUAAUCAGAACGAGAGAUGUGUUCAAAAAGUAGGAGAGGGUCAAUCUCAGAAACAACAAUCCCGAUCACGACGAGCGGCAUUAAUAGCUAGUCUUGCAAGUAUGAGUAGUAUGAAGUUCAAGGAAGAUGUUCAAGCUUUCUUUAUGAAAAAGGUUAAAGAACAAGAACGAAUUCGAACUUUGCUUGAACUCUCCUCAAAUGCCCGGGAACGAAUUGGUAAAAAAACUUGUAAUGAAAAUGCUUCCACGAAAGCAGAAGAAGAAAAAGAAGCCAGUGAACUUCGACUUCUUGAAACACUUCAAACAGAACUUUUACCAUUAACACGUACAAUGGUAACCCGAUUUCUUGCCCAGUGUGGAAGCAAGUAUAUUCACAAAAUUUGCGAACCUGGUACUCCAUGUGGAGCUAUUGCUGCACAAUCCGUUGGUGAACCAAGUACACAAAUGACAUUACGAACAUUUCACUUUGCUGGUGUAGCAAGUAUGAGUAUUACACAGGGUGUACCACGUUUAGUGGAAAUUAUUAACGCUAAUCGCAAUAUUGCAACUCCAGUAGUAACAGCACCGGUACGAAGAUUACUUGUACAACCAAUGAAAGGAAAUGAAAAGGCUGAAGAAGAAUCACAAGAGGUUUUUGAACAACGUGUACGAGGAGUAAAAGCUCAGGUAGAACGUGUAUUACUUAAGGAAAUAACCUCAGAAAUGGUAGAAGUUUGUACGGCAACUGAGUUUUAUCUCCGUAUACACCUUAAUAUGUCUGUUAUUUCAAAACUUCGUCUUCCUAUUAAUGCUAUUACCGUACGAGAACGAAUUUUGGCGGCAGGAGCUCGACCCAUGUCUCCAUUGCGUUUACUACGUGAAGAUUGUAUUGAAGUGAUGAGUCUUGAUACACUUGCUGUCUACCCAUACUUUCUUGAGGCACACCGUGUUCAUUUUAACAUUCGCAAUCUACUAACAUUACUACCAGAUGUUGUUGUGGGUGGUAUUGCUGGUAUUAAUCGUGCGAUGAUUUCCUCCAGCGGGGCGGAAGUACUUGCAGAAGGGGCAGAGCUGCGGGCGGUGAUGAAUCUUCCAGAUGUGGAUGCACCGCGUGUGAUGUGCAAUCACGUUGCUGUAGUGGAACGGGUAUUGGGCAUUGAGGCAGCGCGGCAAGUUAUUGUAAGUGAGAUACAAGGCAUUCUCAAAGCAUACAGUCUUAGCAUUGAUGUGCGGCAUGUGUAUCUCUUAGCCGAUCUGAUGACCCAACGUGGUGUGGUGUUGGGUAUCACACGAUAUGGUAUUCAAAAGAUGAACUUUAAUGUUCUCACAAUGGCCUCCUUUGAGCGUACGACGGAUCAUCUCUACAGUGCAGCCGCAACACAACGUGUGGAUAGGAACCUUAGUGUGUCGGAGAGCAUCAUUGUUGGUAAGCCAGUUCCACUCGGGACAACUUCCUUUAACCUCAUUUUUGAUUGCCAAGAUAUUUCAUCUACGGUAUCUACAUCCAAGAAGAGUGCAGUUGGACGUGUAAAGGGUGUAAUGGGUAAGAGUUAUCAUCAUCAUUGUACGCCUCAUGUGGCACCACUAGCAGCAGAAGGAGCUUUCCAUCUGGAUAUCUUCUAG